AAAAUUAGAUAGUUGACAUUUCAGAGGAAGUUGAUGUGAAAUCCGGUGGUAUUGUCUGAAAAGUCCAUAAAACAAGAAAACAGAUUGCUUUCAGCAAAAGAUUGUCUUUGGCAGUUGAAUAAGACGGUGUCUAUUUCUUACUUCGUACAUAAAAUAUCAAAAUGGAAAACUUUUUGGGUACUUGGAAGCAAGAAGCUAAAGCAGAAAAUAUGGAAGCCCUCUUGGCUAUUACUGCAGAUGUUACUGAUAAGGAGAAAGAGCAGAUGACAAAUAUGAUUAGCAAAUUUGAAAUCAGUCAGGAUGGUGAUAAAUAUACUCUAGUCCAUACCACUGACGAUCCACCAGCCACAAAGAGCUAUGUUUUCGCUCUUGGUGAGCCACUGGAAUCGACUGAUAUUUUGGGUCGAAAAUUUAAGAGCAUUUUUAAACUGGUGAAUUCUAAUUUGUUGACCGAAACCUGCAGCGAAUGGACUGAAGGUGUAAUUGAUAUUUCGUAUGAAAUAACAAGUAGUGACACUCUGAAAUGUUCAAUCCAACUUAAAGGAAUUACAAGUACCACCAUUUUCAAAAAAGUUACUUCUUAAAUAUCAACGGAGGACAGUAACGGUUCUUUCAUUCAAAAUUAAAUUUAAACCGAAAUAAAUAUGUCUUGAAACACAA